GCGUUGAGAGGGGGGGAUCGGAGGCGUGGCUGCUGAGGUGUGUGCAUGAGAUACGAGAUGUGAAUCCUGGUAUUGCAGGUAACUAGGUAUUACUGGUAUAGGUGGUAAUGCUGGUAACUCAGGUAAGGCUAGUAUGGUAGGUAAUCCUGGUAUUGCACGUAACUGUAGGUCGUCCUAUAGUGCAGCUACAGUCGCCGGCUGAAGCAAGUUCCACGACAUGCAUGAGAUACGAGAUGUGAAUCCUGGUAUUGCAGGUAACUAGGUAUUACUGGUAUAGGUGGUAAUGCUGGUAAUGCUGGUAAUGCUGGUUACUCAGCUACAGUCUCCGGCUGAAGCAAGUUCCACGACGGCCCUAAGUCUACAAUGGCUACGAGUGUUCCUUCCCCGGCAAAAGCGAGGCAACUGUACGUGAGGACGCCUCUCCUCUGCAGCAGAAAGCUCUCCAAACGAGUUGGAGCCAACGUCUGGCUGAAAAUGGAGAGCGUGCAGCCGUCUGGCAGCUUCAAAAUUCGGGGUCUCAGCAACUUCGCGAAUAAAGCGGUGGAGAGAGGCUGUACAAGGUUUGCCAGCUCCUCUGGAGGGAACGCGGGACUGGCUGCUGCCUACAUAGCACGGCAGCUGGGCCUCCCCAUCACUGUGGUGGUCCCCGAGACGACGCCGUCGUUCAUCGCGGACAAGUUGAGGGAGGAGGGGGCUGAGGUGGAGGUAGUGGGGAAGGUAAGAGGCUUCCUGUCUUGUGACUGUCGUAGGAACUGGUGUCAGGAAAUACGUAUGCCUGGUUCUGAAACCGUAUUAUACGGGCGAAGCUGUUUACCCGAGGGGGGUAGAGUAAACAGCUGAGGGGAUUUCCGGUAUAUACCGCUGAAGGCCACCAAGGCGUUAACCUAUUUCUCAUUAGUGCAUAGCUGAUUCGAAUCGACCAAUCAGAUUUGUUAGUACGAGGUUCCUGAUUUCUCAUAUGAACCUCGUGAGCUAACAAAAGUAACAUGAAAACAUGAUAUGAAACCUUGUUUUUUCUGUUGAUUUUCAACAAGUUAAACAGCAUUUCAUGUAAGAAAUGUAUCCCGAAAAACAUGAUCUGUACAAAAUGUUGAUCAAAAUAACUGAUAUCUUGAUUUUCUUUUUCCACGAGACAGUUUUCUGUGUCUGCUUUGAGCCCAUCUCUCUCCUUGCCAUGUAUAUACAUAGUAGAUAGCCAGGCAGCUCACGCCCGCCACAAACCACCGCACGCAAAUAAGGGGGUGGGGCUCCGCGAGCGAGUGCGCGCGACAAAGCUACUAAGUCGACGGCGAACGCCUUCGGUAUAGCAGCCCGCACAGCGCCUGAAUUCGCCUCUCUCUGAUUGCGAUGGUUCGCGCAGGUCUCCUGCCGCGUUUCUUCGGAUGAGUGGCGGAGGACAGUCCCGCAGCGGGAGUAGCUAGAGUGGCGGAGCAGCGUAUCCUAGCGUUCGGCGUUCAAUAGUCCCGCACGAGAUGACGGUCUUGCGCUCUCGUCUCUUUCUCGCAUCUUUCAAAUUCCCUGUGCUUGGAAACGCAGUGCGCGUAUACGGAGCUGAUUUUCUCUGCACUAAACAUGUUAUGUACUCCGUAUACUCGGGACAAACCGGAUUUCAAUGAACCCUCGUGCCAUCCGCGUAGUGCCCUCGCUGCGCUCGGGACACUACAAACGCGGAGGCCCUCGGGUUCAUUGAAAUCCGGUAUGUCCCUCGCACGUAGUACAUAAAUAUAGGUUAUACUGCGCGUCAAUGGAAAUACGCGAUUUAGACGGCACGAGGGGCCCUGAGCUGUAGCUGUCUGAGCGCAGCGAAGACGCUACUAAGGGCUCCGAGGCCGUCUAAAUCGUGUAUUUCCAUUGACAAGCAGUAUAACCUGUUUAGACGGAGGCCGUGCCGGCCUUCAAAAUCGUCCAGGUCCGCCGUCUUCCGAAAGACUCGCUCUUGCCGGGGGAAGCUAAAAAGGUCUUCAGUUUAGUUUCUUUUUGCAUCUUAGAGAGGCCUUUCAUCGAAGAAGCAUCGGAUAUAGCGAGUUUGAAGUCGUCGGGGCGAGCUCUCAGCGACAGAGCGAGUUUCUUUGCCUAGAAGCUUGCCACACCCCCAUCGAAGACGCCAUUUUUUGGCGGGCGUCUCCAUGGAAACACGCACUUGGAAAAUACGGGAUUUAGAAUCCACGCUUUACGCAAUCUGAUUGGUCAAUUUAAAUCUGCCGACGUCUAACAUAUAUUUAUGUAAACUGGGGCUACCCAGCCAGCCAGCGAAUACUCAAUUAACGGCAGCCACACAUCCUCGGGAAUAUGAGUAUUGACGGGCUGGCGGCUUGGGUACUGGGAAUACCACUGCGGCGGUGCCUUUGAAGAUGAGCUACAAAGACAC